AGUCUGACAGCUCCGGAGCCGAGCAGGGGCCCUCGCAUCGGACCCAGUUUGAGCAAGUUGAGCGCAGGAUAGGCAGACAGACUAGCAGGCAGGCACCGCUGCAGUUUGAUGGGCGGAGGGAAGGCAGGGCCCAAGAGCACUGCGGCCAGGAAGCGGCUCGAAUUACACUGGGGGUGCUGGAGGGGUGGGGGGGAGAUGACACCCACUGGAGUGAAAGAGGAGGGCAGUGUGUGUGGAGACGUAAGGAGGAGAAAAAACCUAGUAAACCUGACAAAGCGUCUGAGAAACCGUGCGAGGACUGUCGGCGGAAGAAGAGACGGAGACGCAAAAAGACGCUCUUUUCACCAGGGGGAACGCGCACUGAUGGAUUUAAUGACAUUUUGCAUCGGACAGCUAUUCUCUCGUACACUGUAAAACCAAGUUCCACCUCCUUUUGUAGCUGCAAACUUUCUAUUUAGUUGACAAGUGCGCUGCUCGGGAACACUGGGCAUGUUUUGCGCCCUAGAAGAAACUUGGUGACGGGGAGGAAAGUUUCGGGGGGACAGCGCAAUGGUUUUUCGAGCUGUGUUCGAAGGAUAAAGUCGGAUUUCUCUGCAUGGCAUUGGACUACACUGCCAGUCGCGUUUGGAAUAUAUUCUCUGAGUUGACUUGAUGCCGGCUGAUUGUGGAAUAGUAAACUGAAAAAAGGCAGCGCCUCGCAGAUUUUCUUUUUUCUUUUUCUUUUUUUUUUUUUUUUUGGUGCAUUGUGGAGUUGGAGACAUUCCUCCCUCUGGAUUCAGCCCAUGCUCUCUCCUCCCUUAUCAGUGCAUGCCAAAACAGAGAUCUCCACGAUUUCAGUCCUCCCUGCCCAGGUGAUUGGGUGAAUUCCAGUGAGUGACAGGCCGACCCCGCAGCAGUUGAUGGUUGGGCGGACCCCCUCAGAUGGGAUCAGUGUCCAGGGGGAGGUGGAGAAGGGGGGUAUGGGGAGCACUUGCCCCCACUAACGGGAUGGCCUCGUGGGCCUGGCUGCUGGCCGCCGUCCUUCUGUCCCUGCUGACUGUCAGCGUGGCCCGGCCGCCCCUCACCGCCACAAAGGAGGAGGAGGCCACUCUGGAACCUGAAGAAGCAUCGAACAAAUACCAAAUUUCUAAGCCCACGGUGUGCUCAGUGCACCCGGGGGAGGUGUUGAAGCUCAACUGCCCUCUGCCGCUGACGGGGACCAUCACCUGGACCAAAGACGGCAGCUCUCUGGGCACCAACAACCGCACCCUGAUAGAGCAGGAGGUGCUGCAGAUUCGUGAUGCCACGCCUAAGGAUUCGGGCCUGUACGCCUGCACCAGCGUGGGCAAAGACACGGUCUGCUUCAUAGUGAAUGUCACAGAUGCCAUCUCGUCGGGGGAUGAUGAGGACGAUACAGAGCGAUCGGAGGACACAGGGGCGGACGGAGAACAGAUAAGCGCCCCAUAUUGGACCUCGUCAGCAAAGAUGGAGAAGAAGCUGCAUGCGGUGCCAGCUGCCAACACAGUCAAGUUCCGUUGUGCUGCAGGAGGCAACCCCCGGCCCAAGCUGCGCUGGCUAAAAAACAGCAGGCCUUUCCGCCAAGAAGACCGCAUGGGAGGGUAUAAGGUGCGUAGCCAGCACUGGACCUUGAUCAUGGAGAGCGUGGUGCCGUCAGACAAGGGCAACUACACCUGUUUGGUGGAAAACGAGUUUGGAGCCAUCAACCACACCUACACCCUGGAUGUAGUGGAACGGUCCCCUCAUCGGCCUAUUCUCCAGGCUGGUCUACCGGCCAACACCUCUGUAUACGUUGGGGAGGACGCCCGCUUUGUCUGUAAGGUCUAUAGUGAUGCCCAACCUCAUAUCCAGUGGUUGAAACAUAUCACUCAGAACGGCAGUCGCUACGGUCCUGACGGCCACCCCUUCGUCAGAGUGCUGAAGACCGCAGGUGUUAACACCACAGAUAAGGAGAUAGAAGUUCUCUACUUGCCCAAUGUAACAUUUGAAGAUGCUGGGGAGUAUACGUGCUUGGCGGGUAAUUCUAUUGGGAUCUCCUAUCACACUGCUUGGUUGACGGUGCUUCCAGCCGCAGAGAAAAACCCAGAGCCCCUUCCCCCAGACUAUGUGGAGAUUGCUAUAUACUGUGCAGGCGUCUUCCUCAUCGCCUGCAUGGUGGGCAUCGUGGUGGUGUGCCGCAUGAGGAACACUGCAAAGAAACCCGACUUUGGGGGUCAACCAGCGGUCCACAAACUAAGCAAGCAGAUCCCUCUGCGCCGCCAGGUAACAGUGUCGGCAGACUCAAGCUCUUCAAUGAACUCCAGUACGCCGCUGGUACGAAUCACCACACGACGGAGCUCUGCACAUGAUGAGCCAAUCCCUGAGUAUGACCUUCCUGAGGAUCCACGCUGGGAGUUUUCCCGAGACAGGUUGACCCUGGGUAAACCCCUAGGUGAGGGCUGCUUCGGCCAAGUCGUAAUGGCAGAGGCGCUUGGCAUCGAUAAGGACAAACCCAAGGAGGCUGUAACUGUCGCUGUCAAGAUGCUGAAAGAUGACGCCACUGAGAAAGACUUGUCUGACCUGGUGUCAGAGAUGGAAAUGAUGAAGAUGAUCGGCAAACAUAAGAACAUCAUCAAUCUUUUGGGGGCCUGUACACAAGACGGUCCUCUAUAUGUGAUAGUGGAGUACGCAUCUAAAGGCAACCUUAGGGAGUACCUACGAGCCCGCCGGCCGCCCGGCAUGGAAUACUCCUACGACAUCGCCCGUGUCUCAGAUGAACAGCUCACCUUCAAAGAUCUGGUCUCAUGCACUUAUCAGGUGGCACGGGGCAUGGAGUACCUAGCUUCACAGAAGUGUAUACACAGAGACCUGGCAGCCAGAAACGUCCUGGUCACAGAAAGCAACGUCAUGAAGAUAGCUGACUUUGGCCUGGCCAGGGACGUCCAUAACAUCGACUACUAUAAAAAGACGACCAAUGGUCGUCUCCCGGUGAAAUGGAUGGCUCCAGAAGCGCUGUUCGACCGGGUCUACACACACCAGAGUGAUGUCUGGUCAUUUGGGGUGCUGAUGUGGGAGAUCUUCACCCUAGGGGGCUCCCCCUACCCUGGCAUUCCUGUCGAAGAGCUCUUCAAGUUGCUCAAAGAGGGCCAUCGCAUGGACAAGCCUGGCAACUGCACCAACGAGCUGUACAUGAUGAUGAAAGACUGCUGGCAUGCCAUCUCAUCCCAGAGACCCACUUUCAAGCAGCUUGUAGAGGAUCUGGAUCGCAUCCUCACCCUCAGUACCAAUGAGGAGUAUCUGGACCUGUGCGCUCCAACAGAGCAGUAUUCCCCCAGCUUCCCCGACACUCGCAGCUCCUGCUCCUCCGGUGACGACUCUGUGUUUUCCCACGACCCCUUACCGGAUGAGCCCUGCCUCCCCAAGUACCAGCACAUCAAUGGAAACGUCAAAACAUGAGCCUCCACCUGUCUUCUCUACCCCAGUUUGACCUACCCCUAGUCUUACCCCGCCACUUCCCAAAAACACACACAGCACAGACACCCUCUCCGAAAUCCUCCCAACCUCCUGCCCCCCCAUCACCCCCUCUGGCUCCCAGUGGACUAACGGACCCAGACGGGACUGGGCUGGUGGCAGCGCUGCUGUCACACACUCAAACUGCCAUGCACCUACACUACAUUCUCACAUGAGGUCUUACGGAGAGGACAGGGACCGUACAGAAGCUGUUUUUUUACUGACUGAAUGAACUGAUGUUCCCAAGGGACCCUCUUUUUUCUCUCCCUUCAUAUAAACACAAAGACUUCUCUUUUUUGACAUUGUUUGGUGAUCCCAUUCCAGUGGCUGGCAUUCCAAGACUGUUAUUCGCUCCUGGAGGAAUGUAUGGACCGAAGUGAACUUAAAAACAAGGGACUAGAAGAGGAUGAAUAGGAAAAGGAGUAAGAGAGAGAGCUUCGACUAACAAAACAGAGGAAUAGGAGGAGAGCACAUAUAGAAACUGCUCUCUUGUUUAUUUUGUAAUAUUGAUGCAUUUCUUUUUCAGUUCUCUUGAUAAACCUUCCCAAUUAUUCUGGAGAAAGAAAAUACACAGUAUAAUGUAUAGUGCUGGGUAUAUUUGUAAAUAUAUUCAAAUAUGUAUAAAUAUAUAUUAUAUAUUUACAAUGAA